AUGAGCCGAGGCAGAUUCAGGGAUACCCCGGGGCAGAUCUGGAUGGGGCCGUGGGAGCUGCCUCGCGCGCGGAGGCCGACCACCAAGCAGGGCUCCGAGGCGGCGAAGAAGGCCGUGGAGAAGCUGAAGAAGGAGGCGAAGCCCUUCAUCAAGAAGGCCGCGGAGGAGCUCAGCAAGCGGAUGCUGGCCAGGCCGCCUCGCCUCGGGAAGCACGCUGCGGUCCUCGAGGCCGACGGAACGGGCUCGGACGAGGUGCCGGCCGUGGGGAAGGGCUCCUUGGCUGACCCGGGGUGA